AUGUUUCGUGAUAAAAAACCAGCUGCACGAAAUAAUUUGGAAGCAUUGAAAAAUGAAAUUGAAUUGGACGAACAUAAAAUUUCCAUUGGUGAGGUUUAUCGAAGAUAUGGAACAAGUCCUGCAAUGGGUCUUACAGAAGAACGAGCAGCAGUGCUUCUUGAACGGGAUGGUCCAAAUGAUUUAACACCAGCUCGAACAACUCCUGAAAUAGUUCGUUUAGCCAAAAAUAUGUUCGGCGGUUUUGCGAUGCUUCUCUGGGUUGGUGCUUUUCUUUGUUUUAUUGCACAUUUUUUGGAAUUGUAUACAUUAGAAGAUCCACAAUAUGAUAAUAUGUAUCUAGGAAUUGCCCUAGCAAGUGUAAUUAUUAUUACGGGAUUCUUUUCGUAUCACCAACAAGCGAAAAGUUCGAAAAUUAUGGAAUCGUUCAAAUAUUUAGUUCCACAAGCAGCCUGUGUUGUUCGCCACGGAAGAUCGAGAAAUAUUAAUCCCGAAGACAUCGUUAUCGGAGAUAUUGUGGAAGUUCAUCGUGGCGAUAGAAUUCCAGCUGAUAUUCGAAUAAUUCGCGCGCAUGGUCUGAAAGUUGAUAAUUCCUCGCUAACUGGAGAAUCUGAACCGCAAUCACGUGGAAUCGAAUAUACAAAUGAAGAUCCUCUAGAAACAAGAAAUUUAGCGUUUUUCGGAACAUUUGCUGUUGAAGGUUCAUGCAUUGGUGUUGUUAUUCGUACUGGUGACAAAACAUUCAUUGGAAGAAUUGCAAAUUUAACUGCGGGUGUUCAAUCGGGUACAACACCAAUUGCAACUGAAAUCAAUCAUUUCAUUCGUAUUAUAACGAUCAUUGCUGUUGUUGUUGGUGUGAUCUUUUGCAUCUGUUCUCUCUCACUUGGCUAUACAUAUGUUGAAGCCGUUGUUUUUCUUAUCAGUGUAAUCGUUGCUCAGCCACUGUUACUCACAACGAAUGGCACGAAAAAAUUGUUUUAUAAAACAGGAACAUUAACACAAAAUCAAAUGACUGUUGCACAUAUGUGGUUUGAUAAUCAUAUCAUUGAUGCAGAUAUCGAAGCUUUUCAAUCGAAAUCAAAUUAUACAAGAUUUUCUCAUUGUUGGAAAGCGUUAACACGUUGUGCAAUGUUAUGUAACACAGCUAUAUUUAAAGAUGAUCCAGACAAUCUUACUAAACCUAUUUUACAACGGCAAAGUGAAGGUGACGCAAGUGAAACAGCCAUUCUGAAAUGUAUGGAAGCAACUGUCGGAAGUGUGUCGACAUAUCGAGCAAUAAAUCCAAAGAUUUGCGAAGUUCAAUUUUCUUCAUCAAAUCGUUAUCAAUUUUCAAUUCAUUCGACAAAUGACAAUGAUGAUCGAUAUUUACUUGUUAUGAAAGGUGCACCAGAGAAAAUCCUUAAAAAUUGCUCAACAAUAUUUGUUGAUGGCUCAGAAAUCGGCUUUAAUGAUUAUUGGAAAAAAGAAUAUGAAAAAGCAUUCAAAGAAUUAAGCAAUCUUGGUGAACGUGUUUUAGCAUUUGCUGAUUAUCGUUUACCAUUAAAUCAAUAUCCUCGAGACUUUCCAUUCGAUUGUGAUACAAUCAAUUUUCAUGUUAAUCCAUAUUAUGAAAAUUUCAAUUUUCCAACUACUGGUCUCAGAUUUUUAGGUUUAAUUUCUUUAAUUGAUCCACCACGUGUGAACGUUGCACAAGCUGUAAGUAAAUGUCGAUCGGCUGGUAUCCGAAUUUUGAUGGUUACAGGUGAUCAUCCAUUAACUGCAGCUGCGAUUGCUCGAGCCACAGGAAUUAUUACAGAUCAAAGUCCAACAGAGACACUAUUAGAAAAUAUCAAUGAUACAACAACAAAAGCGUGUGUUAUUCAUGGAAAUGCGCUGAAAAAUUUAACUAAAGAUCAAUUGGAUGAAGUUAUCAAAACUCAUGAAGAAGUGGUCUUUGCACGGACAAGUCCUCAGCAAAAGUUGAUUAUUGUGGAAAGUUGUCAGAGGCUAGGAGAAAUAGUUGCUGUGACUGGUGAUGGAGUGAAUGAUUCACCAGCAUUGAAAAAAGCGGAUAUUGGAAUUGCAAUGGGAAUUACAGGAUCAGAUGUGAGUAAACAAGCAUCAGAUAUGAUUCUAUUGGAUGAUAAUUUUGCAUCGAUCAUCACCGGAAUUGAAGAAGGAAGAUUAAUUUUUGAUAAUCUGAAAAAAUCUAUUUGUUACACAUUAUCAUCGAAAAUUCCUGAAUUAGCUCCGUUUUUGUUUUAUAUGAUCGCCGAAAUUCCUUUACCAUUAGGAACAAUUGCAAUUUUAUGUAUCGAUUUGGGUACGGAUAUGUUUCCUGCUAUUUCAUUAGCAUACGAAAGAGCGGAAUCAGAUAUUAUGCAACGCCCGCCAAGAGACGCUAAACGUGAACAUUUAGCUACAGAUCGAUUAAUUUGGAUGAGUUAUGGACAAUUAGGAAUGAUUCAAGCGGGUGGCGGAUUUUUUGUUUAUACAGUUGUUAUGGCAGAAAAUGGAUUUCUACCUUCAAGACUAUUAGGAUUACGAAAAUCAUGGGAUUCAAGAGCUGUUAAUGAUUUAGAAGAUUCUUAUGGACAAGAAUGGUCUUAUGAACAACGCAAAGCAUUGGAAGAUACAUGUCACACAGCUUUCUUUGUUACUGUUGUUAUUGUUCAAUGGACUGUUCUGUUGUGUUGUAAAUCUCGGCGAAAUUCUCUUUUUCGACAAGGAAUGUCAAAUCAAGUAUUAAAUAUGAGUAUUAUUUUUGAAACUGUUUUAGCAAUUAUCAUUUCAUAUACUCCAUAUAUUAAUCGUGGUCUAAUGAUGUAUCCUUUAAAAUUACAUUGGUGGUUCUUACCGUUACCAUUCACUUUACUUGUUUUUGUUUAUGAUGAAUGGAGAAAAUUGUUAAUUCGAAAAUUUCCUGGAUCAUUUAUUGAUCGAGAAACUUCUUAUUAA